AUGCAUCUUGUCCCCUUGUCCUGGCACACAUCAACAGCCGGAAUAUUUCUCAAACAGCCUUCCAUUGCCGCAAUUCCUGCCAUGUUCAGCGUCAUCAUGGCCUCUCCAACUGCCAGGUCCCAAAACCUGCCCGCCCUCCCAGCAGGGGAUGGGCUCUACGUCGGCAGUGUGGACGAGGCUGGCAAGUUUGCCUGGAAGCACCAGACAAUCGUUCAGCCUACUAUAUCGGCACGCGCGCCUGGUUCCGCUGGUCUUGCGAACAGUCUCACCAAACGCAGCGGCCCCCAUUGCAACCAGUAUUGGGCCGGCAGGGCUGAGGAUGUCCUCAGUGCAGUCAGCGCCUUGCUCGACGGCUGCCACCAAACUCACUAUGACAACGCCAUUGCGUUUCAAAAGGGUGGCGUCGUCGCCUAUGGAUGCAACUACGGGGGCGGACAGUGGUGCAAUGGCUGGGAAAUUUCUCCAUUCUUCAACAAGAUCUAUGAUGCCUGUGGGACUGAAAAUGCGGGCUGGUAUGAGAAGAAUGAAUGGAAGGCCAGCUAUGGCUACACGAGGGCCGCAUCUCUUGACUUAGUCGAAAUGAUGCUUUGCCACGGAUAUACUAGCAUAAUCAAGGAGUAUCAUGGUGUCUUGCGUGCUGCGUACCAGCCGCAAGCAGCCUUCCAAGUUGAUAUCUGUGGUGCGACAAUGGGGCUUAUUGAUGACGAGGCCCGCAGGUUGCGAUCUCUACAAAGUAUUCCCGGGUCCUGCUGCCAAGCUGAAGGAGUCCCAUUGCUAUUCUCGUUAAAGAUCUGCAAUGAUGCCAAUUCGGUGCUGAAGUGGUGGUCAGCGCCUCUCCAGAUCCAGCGCUCUAUAGGUAGCCUCAUUGAUCUGUCAUCUGCAUCUCCACAUGUCGGUGUGAAGAAGAGACUUCCAGGAAGCCUGAUGGCCGCUCUGGCGAUUUCGUCAACAUCUAACAUCUUCCAAAAGCAGACCUUCAUGGGAUCCUUUCUUUCAAUAGUUUUUCAGGUCCCGCCCGACUCAGAAAACACGCCUUUCCCCACAAACUCGGCAGCCAAGAUUUUCGUGCAGAAGGAUAUGGGACCUCAAUCCAGACCCUGGGCCGGGUUCCCCGACCUUCCAGAAGAAAUUGGCAAUGACCAUGUCAAGAAAUGCCAGGCGGUGAUUGAAGAACAUGUUGACUCAUAUCCGAACGAAGCUGAAAGCUAUGUCUUUGAAGCACUAGUGGACAAACGCCUUCGAAUAUGCAUUCUCUUGCACCAUCUCAAGGCAGAGGACUCCAUCAAUCACUUGUUGCGUCUGAAUCCUACGGAGACGCCUACUGAUAAGGACUUGCCACUGCAAGCCCAUGGUGAGGCAUUGAAAAAAAUUAUCCAAAACCCAGAACAGCGUUCGAAGUUUUGUGACAUACAGAAACGGCUCUUUAGACGUUUUGAUCCCGGCACACACACGUGCUUCAAGCCUCGCGAGCUACCAUUCAAGGACAUCAAACACCUUGGUGACGGAACAUUCGCCAACGUCAAGGCGGUUGAAGAUGUUCACACAAACAAGGUCUAUGCAUGCAAAAGCCCCAAGGAUAUAACAAGCACGGCGUUGUCAAAGGAGCUGAGGAAUCUUAAAUCCUUGGGGCGACACAAGCAUGUUGUCAGCUUCGAGGGUUCCUUCAGUAAGGGCGAUGAGAUAUGCAUUCUGCUUCUCCCAGUUGCUGACAUGAACCUCGAUCAGUACCUACGGGAGACUGAUAUUAACGUGUGGAAGAAACCAAGGAUAAAAAAGAUUUUUGGAUGCCUCAGCGCGGGGCUCGCAUUCCUCAACAAGAAAGGAAUACGACACAAGGACAUUAAACCAAAGAAUAUUUUGGUCCACAAAGACGAGUUUCUCUUCACUGAUUUCGGUAGCGCCUACAAUUUCGGCAAGACCGGAAUGGCGGCUACUUCCAACACAAACCCUGGGGCCGUGACUUGGGAGUAUGCCGCUCCAGAGGCCCUUGUGAAGAAGGGUUUGAGAGACAUCAAGACAGACUUGUUCUCGCUGGGUUGCAUUUUUGCAGAAGUUCUAACAUUUCUUGCCGAAAAGGGGGUCCAAGAUCUUCGAACGUGUGUGAUGACCAAGAACGGCAUCAGGUACGGCGAGAACGUGCUAAAACUGCACGAAUGGUUGAAUAAGCUUAAGCGUGAAAGUCCAAAAAAGGAUGGGCUUGACUUGCCCAUUGAAUGGUGCAAGCAGAUGACCCAAGAGGAUCUCACCGAUCGUCCGAUGAUACACAAUCUUAUUAGCGAAAUGAUAGAGGACUGCGAGAACAAAGGCAAAUACUUUUGCGACGACUGCUUGAAAGCUCACACGACCUUGGCGCCUUUGAAGGCGCCGCUGCCCACAGUCAUGGAGGAAACCUCGAAUGGGUCAACAGCAGGGAACCAAUUACAAGAAGGACCCAACGGAGGCGACAACGAUUAUGGCAUUCCCUCUCUAAGCCUAGCGGCUAUGAAAGGGGACGAAAAAGCAGUCCAACGCCUCAUCAACAAUGGCGCAGACGUCGAGGGGACAGAUCCAAAUGAGUGCGCCACGGCAUUGCACUACGCCUGCCAGCUAGGCAAUCAAAAUGUUGUCAAAAUCCUGCUUGAAACCGGCCAAGCUGACCCCAACCAAAUUGAUCCCUUUGUAGGGUCAGCCGUUAGCUGGGCGGCCAAAGAGGGAGAAAAGGAACUUGUAGAGUUUUUGCUCCGAAAAGGCGGUCAGGUCACGGUAACAAGUAAGCUUGGUCGCACGCCGCUUCACCAAGCAGCACAGAAAGGACACAAUGACGUGGUAAGAUUGUUGCUCAAAUGGGGAGCCACCUUGACAACGGACAGCCAAGGACGAACCCCGCUACAUCUAGCAGCUCGGCAUGGUAAAAUCGCAGUUGUAAGGCUGCUGCUAGAAGAGCAACCGGCUUUGGACCCCGAGGCCUUGGACAACGAAGGACUGACUCCGGCAGAUCUGGCAGCGAAAUGGCAACAUUACGAUAUUGUUCAACUUUUAACCAAGACGCCACUAAAGAGCGUGGCUAGGGAGACAACUGUUCCUGUUCGCGAGAAACCAAGAUCUCCAAAAAAACUGUGCGCGCCUACUAAGAUUACAGAUUGUGGUUUUAGGGGUUUGGCAUUUCCCCCAUACUUUGGGGCCGUAGAUAGCCCCGUUUCUAAUCCCGCGAUACCGGCGCAACGUGAAUGUAGUACCAUGACUUUGGGACAGAAAAUCUCCGUCGAACGGGCAUACACUACCAGGAGAACCUCCAUAGACUACCAGACUCUAACAGCACAGCCCUGCAUCGCGCCUGACGCAUUAACUGGUCCUAUCCCCAAUGCACGGCUGAUCCCGUCUGGGGGCGCUAAUGAGUGGAGUCAGCGGGCCAACCCGGCGCCACUAGCGAAAUAG